AUGGAUCCAGAUCAAGGCCAGUUCCGGAGCUUGGACGUUGGCCAUGGGCGGAAAGGGUGUGAACCUGAGUGGUGGCCGGAUUGUCAGUGGGCAAAAGACUGGCUUAUGCCAGGUACCCUUCCGUCAAUCUUGCCCCCGCUGCUACCUUGCCUUGUUGAGAUUGUUGAGGGCUGGCGGGGGUUAUGA